AUGCAAAAGGCUUAUAUACUGUUGGUCCCUGUCCAGAAGACUACUGUUAUUGGAGAUGUUCUAAGGAUUCGACAAAUUCUCACCAACUUGAUCAGCAACGCAAUCAAGUUUACUCAUGAAGGGAAAGUUGGGAUAAAGCUUUAUCUGGUACAUGAACCAUUUUCAUUUCAGAACAAAGGAUCUCAUCAGAAUACAACAGUAGACCAGUCAUCAAUUCUAGAUAAUAUAUGCAAAGAUGAUAAAUGUUCUUCAACAUCUGAAAGUGGUUGUGAUAAGAAGAGUUCUAUUGGACAGAAACAUGGAGGAGGUCCUUGUCACAAUCAUACACAGAAUGAUGAACCCAAAGCUCCGAUUAAAAAAGGAGAUUUAGAGGAUGGCGACAAAGAGAACCAUUAUCAACCCCGUGAAACAUCAGUGUGGAUUCGCUGUGACGUUUAUGAUACAGGAAUUGGAAUACCAGAUCAUGCUUUGCCUACCUUAUUUAAGAAAUACAUGCAAGUCAGUGCAGACACUGCUCGGAAGUAUGGUGGGACAGGACUAGGUCUAGCAAUCUGCAAACAACUGGUUGAGCUCAUGGGGGGUCAACUGACCGUGUCAAGUAGGGAGCACCAUGGGUCUACAUUUACAUUCGUACUUCCCUACAAGGUUUCACCUGUGUGUGAUAGUUCAGAUGAUCCUGAUGACAUGUCAGAAAUGGCUGACCAUGAUGCCACUGCUGAUUCAAAUGAAGAUGAUGCAAGUUCUGGUUUCUUCCAGUUCCAACCUCGCACUUUGGGAUCUCUAUUCUCUUCUAAUGGUCCUGGCAGGAACCAAAAAUUGACCCCAAAGAAUUUUGGGGUUAACAGCUUUCAUAAUAAAUUAAAUGAAUUGUCAAAAGAUCCCUAUUCAUUCCGAUCUAAUAACUCCACAUUACAAGAUAUGAGUUCUAUAGAAGAUGCCUGCUCAAUAGCUGAUGCUGCUGAGACAUCAUCUGAACCUGAAUGUUCUUUGAGGUGUAGCCCUGACAUUGGUAAUAAAUAUGUUGUUGGUAUAGAAAAACACAUCCAUGAUGAUUAUCAAUGCCAAAAUCCUUGCAUGCACACAACUCAUUCCUCAAGAACAAGCAAAAAUGGGGCUGAAAUUAUAGAGACAAGAAACACCCCAGAAACAGGUCAAAUGCAAAUGAAAUCUGACAGAAGCUCAGAGUGCUCUUCUAGCAACAGUCCAGAAAUUCCAAAAUCCACAUCAAAACCAAAGAUCCUUCUUGUUGAAGAUAACAAAAUCAAUGUGAUGGUAACACGGUCGAUGAUGAAGCAGUUAGGCUAUAGCAUAGAUGUUGUGGAUAAUGGAGUUGAAGCUGUGCGUGCAGUCCAGGGCAGUCCUUAUGAUCUCAUUUUAAUGGAUGUAUGUAUGCCCGUAAUGGAUGGCCUUCAGGCUACAAGAUUGAUCCGUUCCUUCGAGGAAACUGGCAAUUGGGUUGCUGCAGCAAAAGCUGGGAUCGAACUGUGUACGCCCUCAUCAGAUUCAUCACCAAGUGAUAUAGAAUUGAAACCAUCCACAAAAAGGAUGCCCAUCAUUGCGAUGACUGCAAAUGCAUUGUCAGAGAGUGCAGAUGAUUGCUUCGCAAAUGGCUUCUGAUGAUUUUAAAGUCGCAUGCACA